AUGUACACGGCGCGUGGCUCGUCGUACCCGAGCGGCGCGCCGAACUCACUGCCGGCGUCCGCCACGGGGUCGCCGCCUGCUCACGCGCUGCCCGGACGCGGGGGUCCCUACUUCGACCCCCAGACGCCGCGCAAUGUCACCGCGCUGGCCGGCAAGUCGGCCUACCUCACCUGCCGCGUGCGGCAACUUGGAAACCGCACGGUGUCGUGGGUGCGGCACCGGGACCUGCACAUCCUGACGGUGGGCUCGUACACGUACACGAGCGACCAGCGCUUCCAGGCGUCGCACCACCGCGACCUGGACGAGUGGACGCUGCACAUCAAGUGGGCGCAGCGGCGCGACGCCGGCGUCUACGAGUGCCAGGUCAGCACGCAGCCCGUGCGCAGCCUCGCCGUCACGCUCAACAUUGUCGUUCCCACUGCGACCAUCCUCGGCGGUCCAGACCUGUACGUGAAUAAGGGCAGCACCAUAAACCUCACGUGUACCAUUAGGUAUUCGCCUGAACCGCCUGCGUUCAUCUUCUGGUAUCAUCACGAUGAGGUGAUCAGCUACGACAGCGAGCGCGGCGGCGUCAGCGUGGUGACGGACAAGGGCGAGCAGACGACGUCGCGGCUGCUGCUGCAGAAGGCGCGGCCCUCCGACUCGGGCCACUACACGUGCCGGCCCAGCAACGCGGACGUCGCCACCGUCACCGUGCACGUGCUCGACGCGGAGUGCUUGCAGCGAACGUCUGACAUGGAGUGUGGACAAUCCGACGACGGUGCCGGCGGUACAGAGGCCGCAGUAACAUCGCAUACAACAGACCUCCAUUGUGAUGGCUUCAGUCACCCCGACCCCACAGAACAGCAGGAUCACAUGCCGACAGCCGCUGCCGAUUACCAGCCAGUAGCGCCGAAGGAAUCUGCGCCGAGUGCCGCAACAGUCACCAACAGCCACCAACAGGCGAUGGUAUUUCAUGGCGACUGGGCGGACGAUGGUUAG